ACAUUGCCUCUAGACUCAAAGAUGACUUCACAGAGGAGGAAACCCUUGCAAUGGGCCCUGAUGGGUUUUCUAGGCAAAAUGAUGGAGGAAUGGGCAGUCAGGGCAGGAACAGCCUAAGUAAAAGAUCAGAAGAACAAAAAUUACGGAGUUUUAGGAAAUAGCUGCAUGAGAGGCUGUGGGACAUGAGGCUGAGUCAUCAGGACAAGACCUCACGGGCUCCAACUACAAGGCUGCACGUGACUCUGCGGACACCUAAAAGCAACCAAGGGAAGGAGUGAUACGCUCUCAGUGGAAACCCAGAGUUUCUGUAUCAACUGCUGCUAAGAGAUCAAGAAGGUUGAGGGCAGAAAAUCACCUUUGAAUUUGACAAGAUGGAGGGCUCAGGCAGGAGCCAGAACUUGGAAUUUCCUAGAUGAUGCUUAGGAGGUGUGAUGAGACCCGGACCACCGAGGCCCCUGGACGACGACGAACCGCCCAACAUGGCAUCGGAGAGUGGGAAGCUAUGGGGUGGCCGGUUUGUGGGCGCAGUGGACCCCAUCAUGGAGAAGUUCAACUCAUCCAUUGCCUACGACCGGCACCUGUGGGAGGUGGAUGUGCAGGGCAGCAAGGCCUACAGCCGGGGCCUGGAGAAGGCGGGGCUCCUCACCAAGGCUGAGAUGGACCAGAUACUCCAUGGACUGGACAAGGUGGCUGAGGAGUGGGCUCAGGGCACCUUCAAACUAAACCCCAAUGAUGAAGAUAUUCACACAGCCAACGAGCGGCGUCUGAAGGAGCUCAUCGGUGAGACUGCAGGGAAGCUGCACACGGGCCGAAGUCGGAAUGACCAGGUGGUCACAGACCUCAGGCUGUGGAUGCGACAGAACUGCUCUAAACUUUCUGCCCUCCUCCAGGAGCUCAUCAGAACUAUGGUGGACCGGGCAGAGGCGGAACGUGACGUCCUCUUCCCAGGGUAUACGCACCUGCAGAGGGCUCAGCCCAUCCGCUGGAGCCACUGGAUCCUGAGCCAUGCCGUGGCGCUGACCAGAGACUCUGAGAGGCUGUUGGAGGUGCAGAAGCGGGUCAACGUCCUGCCCCUGGGGAGCGGGGCCAUUGCAGGCAACCCUCUGGGUGUGGACCGGGAGCUGCUCCGAGCAGAACUGAACUUUGGGGCCAUCACCCUCAACAGCAUGGAUGCCACCAGUGAGCGAGACUUUGUGGCUGAGUUCCUGUUCUGGGCUUCGCUGUGCAUGACCCACCUCAGCAGGAUGGCUGAGGAUCUCAUCCUCUACGGCACCAAGGAAUUCAGCUUUGUACAGCUCUCAGAUGCCUACAGCACCGGAAGCAGCCUGAUGCCCCAGAAGAAAAACCCAGACAGCCUGGAGCUAAUCCGGAGCAAGGCGGGGCGAGUGUUUGGGCGGUGUGCUGGGCUCCUGAUGACACUCAAGGGACUUCCAAGCACCUACAACAAGGACUUGCAGGAGGACAAGGAAGCCGUGUUUGAAGUGUCAGACACCAUGAGUGCUGUCCUCCAAGUGGCCACAGGUGUCAUCUCUACACUACAGAUUCACCGUGACAACAUGGCACGGGCUCUUAGUCCUGACAUGCUGGCCACUGACCUUGCCUACUACCUGGUCCGCAAAGGGAUGCCGUUCCGCCAGGCCCAUGAGGCCUCCGGGAAAGCUGUGUUCAUGGCCGAGACCAAGGGGGUCCCCCUCAACCAGCUGUCGCUGAGGGAGCUACAGACCAUCAGCCCCCUGUUCUCGGGCGACGUGAGCCGCGUGUGGGACUACGGCCACAGCGUGGAGCAGUAUGCCGCCCUGGGUGGCACAGCGAGCUCCAGUGUCGACUGGCAGAUCGGUCAGGUGCGGGCCCUGCUGCGGGCCCGGCAGGCCUAGAGCCCUCCCCACCCCGCGCCCAAAUAAAGCAGGCCCAAGAGGAGGACGCUGCUUGUUUCCUGC